AUGAUCAUGGGUUCAAAUUCAGUUGUGGAUAUGAUAGAGGCCUCCUCAGGGGUUCAUUUUUCUGGAUUUCAUAUGGAUGGCUUAGAGCAAAGACAGAAGGUGGAGCAACCGACAACCUCAGCACAUGAAAACAUGCAUAAGCAGCCUUUUGUUAUUGGGGUUGCUGGCGGGGCAGCUUCUGGUAAGACGACAGUUUGUGAUAUGAUUAUACAGCAGCUUCAUGAUCAGCGGGUUGUUCUUGUUAACCAGGAUUCCUUUUAUCAUAAUCUGACUGAGGAGGAACUUAAACGAGUACAUGAAUACAACUUUGACCAUCCUGAUGCAUUCGACACUGAGAAACUAUUAUCUUCGAUGGAUAAGUUGAAGCAUGGACAAGCAGUAGAUAUUCCAAAUUAUGAUUUCAAAAGUUACAAAAAUAGCGUGUUUCCAGCGAGAAGGGUAAACCCUUCAGAUGUCAUUAUUUUGGAAGGCAUUCUUGUUUUCCAUGAUCCACGUGUUCGAGAGUUGAUGAAUAUGAAGAUAUUUGUUGAUACAGAUGCUGAUGUUCGGUUGGCUAGGAGGAUAAGGCGUGAUACAGUUGAAAAGGGAAGGGAUAUUGGUACUGUUCUUGAUCAGUACUCAAAUUUUGUUAAGCCUGCUUUUGAUGACUUUAUUCUUCCAACGAAGAAGUAUGCUGAUAUCAUAAUUCCUCGUGGUGGAGAUAAUCACAUAGCCGUUGAUUUGAUUGUACAACAUAUUCGUACUAAGCUUGGUCAACAUGACCUUUGUAAAAUAUAUCCAAACUUAUAUGUCAUUCACUCAACCUUUCAGAUACGGGGCAUGCAUACCCUCAUACGCGAUGCUCAAACAACAAAGCAUGAUUUUGUUUUCUAUUCUGACAGGUUGAUUCGUUUGGUUGUUGAACAUGGCCUGGGACAUCUACCAUUUACUGAAAAGCAGGUGAUCACUCCAACUGGGUCUGUGUAUAUUGGUGUGGAUUUCUGUAAGAGGUUAUGUGGCGUAUCUAUCAUUAGGAGUGGUGAGAGCAUGGAGAAUGCUUUGCGAGCAUGUUGUAAAGGUAUCAAGAUUGGAAAGAUUCUUAUUCAUAGAGAAGGGGACAAUGGUCAGCAGCUGAUUUAUGAAAAACUACCCAACGACAUUUCAGAGAGGCAUGUAUUACUGUUGGAUCCUAUCCUGGGCACAGGGAAUUCGGCUGUUCAAGCUAUUUCUCUACUCUUAAAGAAGGGCGUACCAGAGUCCAACAUUAUAUUUCUGAAUCUCAUAUCUGCACCUCAAGGUGUGCAUGUGGUUUGCAAACGCUUCCCCAGAAUAAAGAUUGUGACAUCUGAGAUUGAAAGUGGUCUCAAUGAAGAUUUUCGUGUUGUACCCGGAAUGGGUGAGUUUGGGGACCGAUAUUUUGGAACUGAUGACGAUGAUCAACAAGUGGUAUCUCCUUCGGUGUAA